AUGGGUCGUCGCAAUCCACGAAAAAAGCACUCAGAAGCCUUUGGAUGCAAGCCAAAUGAACAGAAAAUGGAAGAAGGCGAGUUAAAAUCCAGUAGUUCGGAAGAAGACGAAACUUAUACUCAUAAAACGGCAAGCUCCACAACUCCGAAAGAAGAAGAAGAAGUUGAAGCCAGUUCAGCUGCCACACCCGACCUUUUGGACAAUCUCGAUCUUUCCGCUAUUGGCGAUCUGUUUG